AUGCCGCUGAAGAAGAAGCUAUCCGUCACUGCGAUCUUUGCCACACGGCUUCUGACCUGGCCCGUAGUUGUCUUUCGUCUGUUCAAGCUCUCGCCAGCACAGAACACCGAUCCCAACCUACCGAAUAUCACUGUAGAUGUCCUACUUGCGGUUGUGAUGGACACGGCACUCAAUCUCGCUUCAGUAACUUGCCUCAGACCUUUCCUCCGGCCUUUCCAGGAAUCAGGUUACAUUGUCAGCUCAUCGCUCAGCGCAUCCGGCAAAUACGGCAUCACGGGUGCCAACCGCACCAGAACCGAAGCGUAUCUCAUGCUUGGCACUGCAGGGUCUACGGUGCAGAACAAGCAUGGGUCGAUCGUUCUGUCGCGCGUGGACAAAGAGCCUAGUGUGACUACACAGCCGCAGGGUAUGCCUCGAUUCAAUAUGAGGGCUGAUGCGACGCACAAUGAAACUGCAUGUGAGCUUGAGGAGAGAGGGCACCGCGAUACACCAGCAAAAGCAAUUCGGGUGUCGAAGACAGUUCAAGUCCAGCAAGAGAGUGACUGA